CUAGAAUGACCCAAAAAGUGAGUCGGCCACUUCAGAGAAUGCUGAAGCCCUCUUCAGGGCCCAAAAUUCGCAUCCAAAUUGACGGAGGUCCGGACUAUGCUGGAUAUUACACGAACGGGGAUCUUAUCAAAGGCACGAUUUCCUUCACCGUACAAGAGGAGACGCAUGUUGAAAGUUUGGAGGUUCGCGCCGAAGGCACUAUCCGGACGGUAGUCUCCCAGAGCUCGUUUCCAAGUUCUUCGGGAUUGCAGCAGAACUUUCGACUCGUUCAUCACGGCCUUGACCUCGGUCAACGUAUCUUCCCACGUGGCCAAGUCCACCAUUAUGACUUUGCUUUCAGAAUUCCCGACCGACUUCCAUCAUGGACCUGCGCCAACGUCAAUGACUCCCCUGAAACAUCCCAUUCAAUGAUUCCACCCACACUGGGCGACCUUGAUCUGGAAGAUCCAGAUUCCACCUGGGGCGAUGAUCUGAUGCCCAAAAAUGGGAUGAUCUGUUACAGAGUCUGUGCCACCGCACGAGGAUGUUCCACGGCAAGAAGUCCCAAACGACGUGCAAUAAGCGUGGCUCAGCCCAUUCGCGUUAUACCGAUAGUUGGGAUGCAGAAAUUCGAUUUCGCCUGUCAAUUGCCCAUCGAUAUGGUCCAAAAGGAGGUGGCUAUCAAGAACUCGCGACUGGGCGGCAGAGCCAGCGGCACACUACAUGUCGAAUGCCACCCGAAGCCUAUUGAAGUGUAUGGAGGCUCGAAGUCCGGCAAUUCGACAGUCACUCUGCUCCUCAGUUUCUACCCGAGGUGCGAGACCGACUUGCCCCCUCGUCUUGGCUCGCUGAGAAGCAAGCUCGUCUCACACACAGCCCUUGGGGCCCGGGGCAUGACUGCACCUGACUCCGAAUCCAGCAAAUCAUGCUGUCCACCCAGUCAACGCUGCAUUUACACCAACGAUACUGUCUUUCCCACCCGGGACGUCUCGGGCAUUCGUUGGAGUCAGAGUGAUACGCGUAUCAGAAGCUUCCAUGAUUCUACCUCGACGCUGCCGGUCGGAGCAGAGAAGCAAUGGAGAUCGGGUAAUGACGUACCUAGUGACCAAGGCCUUUUUUACACGGCUGAAGUCACGCUUCCUAUCAUUCCGCAGGAGGGGAAAGUAUAUGUCCCCAGCUUCGAUUCAUGUCUCGCCUCGCGGUUCUAUACGCUUGAGCUGGAUCUCUCGUAUCACUGCGCGAGGCAAGGUUUGAAUCGCCCCAGGAUCACUCUCAGCGUGCCUGUUUUAGUCCGGUGGCAUGGAAAACCCCUGUCAAUCUCGAGCGAUAUCUGUGAUAAUGCUGUGCCGUAA